AAAAUCAAGAAACAUUCAUUCUCUUCUCUCAUUGUUUCGUUUCAACUUUCCUAUCGAGAAAGUGCGUUAGGGUUGCGAUCAUGUCGGACACUGUUUUGACGGAGGUUGACCCUCUUAAGGAUCCGGAGUUGCACAAAGUAUCGAAACCUUCCACAAAAGAGCUCAAGGUAGGAGAUGUGGAAGAUGAUGAGUAUCUUCGACAGUUUUUGUUGUUUUACUACGAAUUCCAUAAAUCCGAGGGUUUCACCGUGGAUUGGGAGAAAUAUGAUUACGCGUUCGCUCCUAGGUCGUUGGAUAAUUCUCCACCUAUUGGCGAGACACGAACCAAUGCCGAAAUUAUCCGUGAUACGACCCUCUUUGUCAUCGAGAAAUACAAUAAAGCUCAUCGAACAAAGAAGCUCGUGUUUGACAAGCAUAUCUCAGCAAAUUACAAAUUUGCUUCUGGUAUUAUCUGCUGGUUAACAUUCUGGGCUACAGAUAUGGCCUCACACACUCCUGUAUCGCAAAUCUAUCAAGUAAAAGUGUGGCGUCGCGGAAUACGGUAUGAUAUUCCCAUGUUCAGGCUCAAGCCCAAGGAAGAAGAGAUGGAUUCUAUUGAUGUGGAACCUCCCACUCCCAUGCCUUAUGAUGACUAUGAGAAACCACCUGUUGUGUUUCUUCGAGCUGGUCCUGAAGCUGGUGUCCCUUUUAUCUUCGAUCGUUCUGGAGCUUUCUACUCUUAUAAUUCCGAUUAGAGAUUCUCUUUAGGUCUGGUGUGUAAGGGAAAAGUAUACCAUGCCCUUGGUGUCACCGACUAGUGUUUCUUAUUAAAGUUGUGUCGAGUCUCUAGACAUAUUUUAUGUUUGGAUAGUUCAUUUAUUGUUUACUCUUAUCAACUUAUCCGGAUUCCUUGAAAUUUAAGCAAAUAUCAUAACCCAAGAUGUUUCAAUUAA